AUGGCCUUUGUCCAGUCAUCUGAGAAGCCGAUGCAGAUGCUGGUGGACUGCUACUUCCAAGCAUAUGAGCACUCCCUGGACGGAGAGGAGAGGGUGGCGCUGGCUCAGAUCAUCGCCGACACGGUCCACCAGCGGCCACGUUUCGAGCAGAGAAGUGUCGACUUUGCUGAGACGUACCGCAUGGAGAGGGCCUGCUUGCAGACCCUGCACCAGCUGCUCAUGGGAGUCAUGGACAGACAGGUGGCCGCUAUGCGCGACUAUGCUCGGAGCGUGUGGCGCGACGGGGAGAGGGGCAACAUGCUCGACUACGGCCUACCUCCUCGCAUCGUGCCCACCGAGCCCAUAGCGCUCGCCAGGACCAGCGGCGCUGCGACGAGGCCGCUCUCGCUGCUUGAGGUGCACCCCUCGCUGGGGCUCGUGUGGCGCGUCACCCAUGCGCUGCGCCUCGCCUGUUCCGAGCUUUCUCCGCCGCCAUCGCCGCAGCGGCUCCCCUCCGGCACCGAGCGCCUCCGCAUGGAGCAGCACGUGUUGCGCGCGGCGCUCGCCGCCUGGGCGGCCGCCGAGACGCCCGAGCUGGACUACGGUGCCGCCGUCCACAGAGAGUUGUUCGGGGAGGGGCUCCUGGGCGACCCGUGGUGUGUCUGUGAGCUGGGCUCGGCACUGGUGGGCGCCGGGGAGACGCAGCACGGUGGGGAGGAGACGCCGGGUCAGCGGGCCGAGCGGGCCCUCUCCUCCUGGGCGCUCCUGCUGGACGUCCUCUCGCUUCGACACCGGAUUGCCGAGUCGGCGCACGAGACGGCUCUGCUCGCCCGGCUGUACAAGGGCCUGGCGGGGCGCAUGGGCUUCGAGGAGUGUCACCUGUACCUGAGGCCUGUUCCCUUCGAGUUUGCUUCUCAUGGAGAUGGAGCCGGGGAAGGCCCAGUCUUCCUCACGGCCACACUGGAUGCUGAUGCCAGUCUGGACCGGUUCAUCCCUUCGCAGCUUCCGUUGGCCAUCGGUGAGCUUGACGAAGCACCAGUGAAGAGGAUCAGCUUCCACUCGCGCGAUUCUCUCAUGCAGCUCAUGAGCCGAGCAGGAGUGGAGUGCCUGCAACUGAUACUGCUUUGCCAGGUGACCCACAAGAACGGGCUGGUUGCAGCCCUGCAGCAGGCCAGCUUCUGCCAGCUGUCACCCUUGCCUCACAAGUCAAAGUCGGCCGAGGACUCGGAGGGCUCGAGCCGCCUGAGCUCGGCGUCCGUGGGCACGCCGAGCGCGUCGGGGCGCUCCGAGUCCGAGUGGGAGGGCCCCGCCGGUGCCCCCGGUCUCUCCGCCAAGCACCCGUUCCUUGGCAAGAAAAGCGUGACGUUUGCAGACACCCAGAGCUCCACAUGGCUCGCGGCGCAGGCGUUCGUGUCGCUGCAGCUGGAGCGACGAGGGGCACGCGAUGCCGCGCUGCGCGGAUUCCUCCGCUGGAAGGGAGCGCAUGGAGUGCUCGCCACGCACGCGGAGGAGGUGGAUAAAAUUAAAAGAACCCUCAUUGUGGAAUUUUGCCAAAGUGUGGCGUUGAGGAUGGCCCAGUUCUCGGCGCGUGGGCAGAUCCUGGCAAGCUACGCGGGGCUGCGCACUGCGCUGGCCGCCGUGCCUGCACUGCGUGACUCACACUUCAUGCUGGGGGACGGCAGGGAGAGGAAGGGGGAGCGCGACUCGGAGGCUGGACUCACGGCCGAUCCCAGGCGGCUGCAGGCCCGGCCGCGCCGCGUCCUCUCCGCCGACGGCAGUGUCUUCCUCAACGCCUGGUUCAUCCCACACCCCCGCGAGGUGCUGCAGAUGUUCAGCACCCUGGAGGACGUGCACUGCUACCGCGCCCUGCGCCUGGUGCUGCACAUCGCGUGCGCGCUGCACGACAUUGUGCACACGCUGAGCGUGAGCGCGCUGAGCGUGAGCGCACCGCUCGGCACCUCCCAGCUGCCCGUCGCAACGCAGCUCUCGUCGUGCGGGGAGACCCACGCCAUCGAGAGCGAGCUGCAUGAGAUCCAGAGGCAGCUGGAUGAGCUCAAGGACCCCAGGAGCCCCGAGCAGGCGGCCGAGCUCCUGUGUCGGUACCGCCAGGUGAUGCUGCUCAAGUUUGAGGCGGCCAGCAGCAACAGCCUCAGGGACAGCGGCGCCGUGCGAGUGAGCGAGGAGGCGAGCACCACGGCCCGUGCACUCGCGGAUGUCCCUGCCGCCAGCCUGUAUGGAGCGGCGCUGCGCCUGCCGCAGCCCGUGCAGCCGGGCAGCACACAGGCCGCGGAGCUCUUCCCCUGGAGGUCAUUCCUGAACACAGAGGGGCCCUACCCGGGGAUGAUCGGCCAGCUGUGGCAGACGCAACAUGGCCUGCAGCUGCGUCUGUGCGGACUGACGGACAGCGGGCGUCGGGCCCUCAACGGUGAGAUGCUCGGCGUCUCACUGCUCUUGGAGGACGUCCUGCAGACAGCGGCCGCCGGCGGGGCCGCGUCUGUCGUGGCCCCGCCGGCAGAACGUGCUCCUCAUGGCAGCGGUGAUGACGACGACGACAACGAUGGGGGAGGGACGCUGCUGGCCCCACCCCUCCCCGGCACGCCGCGGGCCGACCCGCUGUCGACCCUUGCGCUGCUCGAAGCGUUCCUGCUACUGUGCAAGCGGCUAGAGCUCCUCAAGGCGGAGUGGGGGCGCCAGCGGCCAGGAGUGAGCGACGCUGCCGGGCUUGGCAAGGCGUACAGGGUGGAGAUCCUGGCCCCGGCGCUGAAGGCCGUCGCGUGCCGCAUGGGACUAGAUGUGCCGGGGGAGGCUCGGCUGGAGGAGGCCAUGGCGGCCCCAGCGGGGGCUUCCGAGGUGGACGUCCGCAUGGCGCAGCUGGAGAAGCUGAUUGACAGUUUGGAGUGCAGGAUGAUUCAAGAGACACACAGGAACGUCAGCGCAGAGCUUGCGCUGGCUGUGUCCGAGAGGGCACGGGAGGAGGCUGCACUCCCUACAGACCUGUGGAGGCACCCCCUGAUGAGUGAAAACCUCACCAAUGAGCGGCCUGCCAUCGUGGAGGACUUUGUCUAUCAUCUCCUGGAGCACGCACAGCUCUCGGAGACUGAAGUGCGGCUGGACAAAGCGCACCUCUCCCGUGGCCUGGCGACGCUCGCCUCGCACGUCAUGCAGAGGGAGCGGAGCAACUUCCAGGCCUUCUCAAUGUUCUAUGAGCACCUGCUGCGCCACCAGCAGCGCUUGCUGCAGCAGCGCGAGCAGGCACUCGCCGCUUUGCAGGAGGCGGCCCGACCCAUGGAGCAGCUCGACGUGCAGCACGAGCUCGGCGAAGGGACGCUGCGGCUGCUCGUCGAGGUGACAUCUCUGCGCUCGCAGCUCGCGGAGGCGCGCGGCUCUGAGGAGCGAGCACGGCAGCGGGCGCGCGACGAGGAGCGCGCCGAGUACGACGCGCUCAUACGCAGCCUCUGCUCCGACCUCUUCGCCGUCAUGGGCGCGCUGGACGAGUUCAGGACAGAGCUGCACCGGGAGGCACUCGACUCGGUCGCGCUCGUGCGCAGGGAGGGGGUCGAGAGUAUCCGGCUCCUCCGCAGGAAGAGCGGAGUGAACAGGGAGGACUGUUCCCUGCAGAGGAACCUGAUCAAGCACGAGGAGGUGCAGAGGCUGCGAGAGGAUAAGAGCCACCUGGAGACGCUGGUGAGCAAGAUGAGGGUGCUGAGCUACUGGAGACAGAGCAGCCUGAGGAGGAGCCACUCCAAAUCAACUGCAGAGCUACAGCAAGCCCUGGCGCGUCUACGCUCGGAGCAAGCAUGUGUGCGGGCCGAGGCCGGCGCCGAGACGACGUCACUGCGUGCCCGCACUCAGGCCCUCCAGCAGGCUUUGACCUGGGCCCAGGCCGAAGGGCAGGAAGCUCGUGCACAGCUCCAGCACGAGCGCGAGCAGCAGCUGGAAAAGUCGCAUCGCGAGCAGCAGGAGCGGCAGGUGUGGCGCGCGCGUGAGGAGGCCCACGCAAGCUCGGCGGCGUGGUUCUCCUUGCAGCUGUCGCAGAACGAGCGGCAGCUGGGCACCCUGUCGGUGGAGCUGCAGAAGAGCGAGCGUGUGGCCCAGCUCCAGCACAAGCGGCUGGGUGUGGAGAGCAGACAGAUGCGCAGCCGGCUGGAGCAAGAGCGCGGACUCAAGCUGGAUGCGUUCCAGCUCGUGGAGGAGCUGCAGGGGCAGCUCAACGGCUCCCAGCCCCUCUCACUCUCUGCAGCCUCACGCAGUCGAUCUGCAUUGUCACAGCUACAGGGCCACAGCAGGAGCAGCAGCAGCAGCAGGCGUAAGGUCGUGCAACUGCCCUCGGCGCCCAUGUCGGUCCGCUUGGCCCAGCACGCGCUCACGCCGGGCCCGUCCUCGCCGAGUCCGCCGCCUCCGUGCGCCGCCCUGCGCCGGCCGAAAACCGCUUCAGCGAGAUUGAGGGGAAGAGAUCCUCUGGUGCAAGAUCUCGACCACACACUUUCCUUACAGGAGCCUUAACUCACUCUUGAAACAUCACAUCCACAGAUAAUCAUAACAUGCAUUGUGUCUUUAAAACAUCCCGGGACACGAUGUAGGUGUGUAUCAAUUAAAUAGCAGAUGCUUAUAUUGUAUGGGUUGCUUCAUCAACUUUAGAGCGUUUGGCUGCUAUAUUUCCACGUGAUAAGCCACUUCGUUGAGCUAUCAUUUGUGGCCUGGUCGCUUCUGAAAAAGAGCCACAUAGCUCAGUGAGCCUUACCUGGUAAAAUAAAAAAUAGUUUUAAAUAUUUUAUAUAGUUUUAACUAAUGCGUGAAUUACUUUGAGAUUUAUAUUUUAAUAUAAAGUGGUAUGCUCAGUUUUUUCGGCUUGUUCUGCAUGUUGUUUGAUGUCAUGGACAUGUGCCAUAGUUACGCCUUACAAGCACAAUUUUUUUGCCAUAAAUGAUAUGCACUGUACUGUACUGAAGGCAAUAUAUUAUUACUCUCAUGUGUCAUUUGUACAGUUAUGGAAUUGGCCUUGUGUUAUUUAACAUUUAACACGUUUAAGAAUUUAAAACAUUUAACAAAUUCAAAAUGUACGUGGCAUCAUAAUUAUAAUUCAAUUGACGUGUAAUAAGCAUGGGCUGUUUUAAGUGGUAUUUUAAAUCGGGGUUUUACGGUUGUCUGUCUUAAGCGGUAGAAUUAUGUCGGAUUUUUGUUCUCACUUGGAGUCUAAUCUCAGGUCGCCACCUUCUCCACUGUAGACCAAACCCAGACAUACCUCGGAGUCAGCACUAGGUCUGCUAUCUAAAUUGUGUAGCUUACCAUAAUACAUUUCAACACAAUAUCGGUACCAGAUCUUGGAACAAAUCAUUCCUGCCACCCGAACACAGAUCGUGCCAAUUCUCAGACCGAUGGCGACCCUAAUUAUAUUCUCCAAAGUGACAACUACCAGUGGGAACCCGUGUACCAUCCACAACCGAUGGGAAUUCUGAGAAAAUAUUGGGGCAAUUUAAUGACGUUGUGGCUAAACAUUGAUGCUAUGAGGUUUGUGGUGCCUUUUGAAUAUGUAACGUAACGAAAAGCAACAUGUGAAUGUGUAUCGAGAAAAAAAUAUCUACAGUAGUGUCCAGGUAUAUUACCAGCUGGGCGUGGAUCAGUCGUGCAAAUUCCACAUUCAUAUGGCAAGGACGAAUAUCUUUAUUAAAAAGUUCACACACCUUUGCGGCUAAGUGCAAGUGCAUUAAUAAAAGAACAACCUGUGGUA